GUCAUUCAUUAGGACUAAUUUCAAGAGCUAUAGGUAUGUCGUUUUCUAGAAUAUAGUGGUAGCAUUCGCGGAUACUAUCUUCGUCUUUUGGCUUAUGAAGAAUUCUGUAAGUUGUGUGUAGGUGUAGGUACCAAGCGUUUCAUUUCCAAACAAACCACCAAUUGUAAUUUAUAGGUAAUGAUAAAAAAUCAAAAAUUGCAAAAACACUUCCAUUUGGAUAUCUAGGGAAAGGUUUAAUUAAAGGUUUGGUCACUUUGUCCGUCGGUCUGUUCGUCAGUUUGUCUGCCCAUUUGUCUGUUCGUCCGUCCGCCUGUCUGUCUGUCCCUCCGCUAGACUAUAAUCGUUCAGAAAUAUUUUUCAGUAGAUCUAAAACAAGUCGAAUUUUUCAUAAAUUUUAAAGGCAAUAUUUUUCGAUAGAGUCUAGAGUGCCCAUUACAGUACACCUCUUAUAAUCAAAGUAUCCUUUAUUAGAAAAAUUAAAAAAAUUAGUAUCGUUUUGUGAGGCUAUUUUCUAACUUUACUAUAGAGAUGUUGCGAAAAUACACUUGUGUAAUUCAAUUUGAAAAUUCAAUAUUUUGCUACUUUUCAGGAAAUGUAUUCUUAUGGAUAGCAAAAUUAUAAUUUCACAGUGUGGAACUUCUCCACGGUUACUUAAGUCAAUCUUUUCAAAAAUUAUUUGUAGAUAGAUACUAAUUUGCAAAACAAAUUACGUAAUUACAGUAACAGUAGUAGAGUAUCAAUCAUUGAGUUCAACAUGUUAGUAAGAGGUCUCGUGGUUGCAAUACUUACCACCUACUCUCACCAAGAUGCUCAAUGGUAUGGUGACCUCCAACUCAAUCUCAAAGUAACGGAAGACGCCAAGCUACUCGUACCCGACAUAAUAGCAAAAUACGGAUAUCCGUGCGAAAUUCACACUGUGGUGUCCCAAGACGGUUACAUUUUGGAAAUGCACCGAAUACCAUUCGGGAAAGAUGGCCCUUCUGAAAAUCGAUCGGCGGUUUACGUGCAACAUGGACUUCUCUCCUCUUCCGCAGAUUGGAUUCUGAAAGGGAAGACAAGGUAUGCGCUAGCGGAUGCGGGAUAUGAUGUUUGGCUGGCAAACGUACGAGGCACAAGGUACUCUCGUAGACACAUGUUUUUGAAUCCGGAUAAGAACGCCAGCAGCUUCUGGGAUUUCUCCUGGCACAACAUCGGAGUAGACGACGUGCCUACAAUGAUCGACUAUAUCCUCAUAACGGUGAAGCAGCGAAACAUUUUUUACAUCGGUCACUCGCAAGGAACGACCGUGUUUUUUGUAAUGUGCUCGGAAAGACCGCAGUACAACGAAAAGAUAAGAGCAAUGUUUAGCUUUGCACCUGUCGCGUGGUUGAAAUACAUGACUAGUCCCUUACUACGUGUAAUUUCUAUGGCGGAUUCUGCUGUGGGGUCGCUAUUUCAAGCAAUUGGCAUGUACGAGUUUCUGCCGCAGCGGUCGUUCCUAGCCGAUAUCGGCGGAGUUUUGUGCGGGGACGACUCGCUUCUUCAGCCACUUUGCGCCAAUGCUCUUUUUGCUAUAUGCGGUUUUAAUCAAAAGCAGAUGAACGCCUCACUAAUACCAAUAAUAAUGGGCCAUACACCGGCAGGGGCGGCUACGAAGCAAUUUCUGCAUUACACCCAACAAGUUAAUUCAGGACAUUUUAGGCAAUACGACUAUGGCUUAUUUGCUAAUAUCGGUAAAUACGGAUCCGCUUAUCCACCCGAUUAUCAGAUGAAGAAGGUCGUAGCGCCUGUGUACCUUUACUACAGCCGGAACGACUGGCUAUCCCAUGAAAUUGACGUAAUUCGGCUAUCCGAAGAGCUGGGAAAUCUCAAAGACAAAUUCAUAAUAAUAGAUGAUAAAUUUAAUCAUCUUGAUUAUUUAUAUGGAAUUGAUGUCUAUGAGUUACUUUACAAGAGAGUAAUUGCACUGAUGAAACAACAUUAACUUUGAAAUGAAUUAUCUAAAUACAAAUGAUAGAUCGAUACCCAUGACUCUACUCCAUAUGCAGGACGUGUCGCAGAUUCUGCCUUCUCAAAACUUGAUCUCGUUCCAUCAAAUACCAGUCAAGCCUUCGAACAUCGAGAAGACCGCCAUUCCAACCCCAUUCGGACUAUUCGGUUUCCCGGUGAUGACGUUUGGUCUUAGGAAUGCAUCCGUGCAUGUUGCAGCGAUUUCAACAACAUGGAAUCAUCAUCAACGUCGCAACCUCUCGCGAAAGUGUUAAGCCAUCUGCCACCAGGAUACCAACUCUUAAAAACCUGGUGUUACCAACAACCGUCCACGACCUUCGUAGAGUACUAGACAUGUUCAACUAUUAUAGAAGAUUUGUCAAGAACGCAAAACAUAUUGUAAAUGUAUUCCAUAGAAGGCAAUAGGAUUUUAUUUAGCGUUUCCCGCUAAACUUCACCCUACCGUAAUUUUUAGGGGGUUGACUUAACUUCGCUUACGAAUAAACGCGAUUUCCCUGA